CGUGAGACACAGACGGCAGCUUUCUGAGCGAACCCGGCACCAGCUGAAGCAGCGCCACCGCAACUGCCAGCGCCAGGACCAGCCCUGGGCACUGGGACAGAAGGCGAAGCCUGGCAGCCGGGUUCCUCUCUCUGCACGGUCCUUGGUCCUUGCAGUGGAGCCGGUGGCUCCGGGUUCCCUCCGACUCCCUUUCGCAGCCACUUGGCGGGGUGUGCCAGGACUUGGGUCGCGGCUGGGGAAGAGCCCGGACUGGAGGAAGCGGCGGCCCCCCGAGCGAGGGUGUGCAACCAGGACUGGGUAGCAAGCCGAAGGCACUGCGCUGGGAGGCGGCGGCCGGAGCCGCGGGUGCCUCCCCGCUUCGUCGCUUCGCAGGCGGCACCGCCUCCCGGGCCGGGGCUGCUUGGCCGGGUUCUCUGCGUGUUCCCCGGGCCCGGAGCCCGCGCACUAUGUGCCCCGCAGCGUUCUGAUAGCCGCCCGCCACCGCCUCCGCCGCGAUGAUCCCCCCGGAACCUCCGCAGCCCCAGCUGCAGCCGCCACCGCCGCCGGCCCCGCCGAACCAUGUGGUGACCACCAUCGAGAACCUGCCAGCUGAAGGCAGCGGCGGCGGGAGCCUGUCCGCCUCCUCCCGGGCUGGCAUGCGCCAGAGGAUCCGCAAAGUGCUGAACAGGGAGAUGUUAAUCUCUGUGGCUUUAGGCCAGGUGUUAUCCCUUCUUGUUUGUGGAAUCGGCUUGACCAGCAAGUACCUGGCAGAAGAUUUUCAUGCCAACACACCAGUCUUCCAGAGCUUUCUGAACUAUAUCCUCCUCUUCUUGGUCUAUACCACCACCCUAGCUGUCAGACAAGGAGAAGAAAACCUCUUGGCAAUUUUACGCCGAAGAUGGUGGAAGUACAUGAUCCUGGGACUCAUAGACUUGGAAGCAAAUUACCUGGUGGUCAAGGCUUACCAGUACACGACUCUCACCAGUGUCCAGCUCCUGGACUGCUUUGUGAUCCCGGUGGUGAUUUUGCUCUCCUGGUUCUUCCUGCUGAUCCGGUACAAGGCUGUGCAUUUCAUCGGCAUCGUGGUCUGCAUCCUGGGCAUGGGCUGUAUGGUGGGAGCUGACGUGCUCGUGGGAAGGCACCAGGGAGCAGGGGAAAAUAAGCUGGUAGGGGACCUCCUCGUCUUGGGAGGAGCCACGCUGUAUGGCAUCUCUAACGUCUGGGAAGAAUCCAUCAUCCGAACUCUGAGCAGAGUGGAGUUCCUGGGAAUGAUUGGUCUCUUUGGUGCAUUUUUCAGUGGAAUUCAAUUAGCCAUCAUGGAACACAAGGAGCUGCUAAAGGUGCCCUGGGAUUGGCAAAUAGGACUGCUCUACGUUGGCUUUAGUGCCUGCAUGUUUGGUCUCUACAGCUUUAUGCCAGUCGUCAUAAAGAAAACGAGUGCCACCUCCGUCAACCUUUCUCUGCUCACAGCGGAUCUUUACAGCCUGUUCUGCGGACUCUUUCUCUUCCAUUACAAGUUUUCAGGACUUUACCUCCUGUCUUACUUCACCAUCCUCAUCGGGCUGGUGCUCUACUCCUCCACCUCCACAUACAUAGCCCAGGACCCCCGGGUGUACAAGCAAUUCCGUAAUCCUUCAGGACCUGUUGCGGACUUACCCAGCACAGCUCAGGUGGAGCCUUCAGUCACCUACACCAGCCUGGGCCAGGAGACAGAAGAAGAGCCCCAUGUACGUGUGGCCUAGGGUGAGGCCCACCCUGCCCGCUGAGGACAACUCAGAGGCCACGUGUUCGCUCGUCAUCUCUGUAUUGUACAUAGAGAAAGGUAUUUAGUAGGUGCAGUUUCACAGGUGGACUGCAAGGUAGCUAACCCUCCUUUUGUAAAAGGAAGCAAGCUGAAGACCACUGGAAACACAGGCUUCAAUCCACCUGACUCAGAGAGAGGCUUUGAUAGUAUGUAUCCCGACCCUGACCCCACCCCCGCAUUAAUUACUGUGAAAUUUUUUGAAUCAAAAUCAAGUAUUAUUGUUACUAUGAUUUUUAUUAUUGUUGUUACUGUUAUUACACCAACUUUCAGAAGGAGGUUUUGUAUUCCUGAUGGGAAUUAUUGCCAGACCCUCCCGUAGUCAACGUACAUCCCACUUUUCUAUGGCAAGUCACUUUUUGAGAAUCAUACUUCUGGUUUUGUUUUGCACAGACUAUAUGAGUGAUGCAUGCCA